UCCUUUUUAACACGUGGAUACGCGAAGCGUAGAAACGGGUUUUUGUUGGGACUGCGAUAUGCAAAUGUGUCACUCGCUCACUCAGGUGUAGAAUCUUCGUAAUUAGUCGGCCCCGAACGAACCGAGUCCGACGCCAUAUUAGAACACGAGCCUCACUCUCGUGUUUGCGCGGUCGCUCAGUGAUGUGAGCGUGUGGUGAGGGGUCGGCAUUAGAUUCUACCCACCAAAACCACAUCGAUCGAGAGGGACUGAGAUUAAAUUUUGAAUAACUUUAAAGUCGUAACCGAAGAUUCUCGGAAAAUGUACGGAUGAUAUGCACGAACAACCGAACAUCCGAAUACUAGAUCGGACGUUCUAACCACUGGACCAUUAGGGCUCUAGAAUAGUGAAGUCGGAAUUCUACUAUACCAGCAGAGUGUACUACACUUCUGUACUGGGAGCUGAAAGAAAGAGAAAGGCUCGAGAAAGGCUGCGUUCAUUUCACGUGGGGGUGCAGAAAAUAUAUCAGGGGAUACGGUUUCAUACAUAAUGACUGAGAUGUUAGUAAGAUGUUGGAAACGAGCAACGAGCGGCGAGAACGAAUCGCGAAGCUCGCUGGUAAGUGCUCGUUCUUUCUCACGCGGACAAAAAUCAGGAACAACCUCUGGAACCAGGAUAUAUAGCUAGGUGUAAAUACCGCGAGCUUUAUACUCCCCCCACCCCCUGCAAGAAGAAGUUUCUUUCCGGCAUGGAUUUUAGCAUUCCUGUCUACAUAUAUUGACCUCCAAAAUUCUAAAUUUCUGAGACUUAUGAAUGUACAUAAUACAGCUUUACUGCACUUUUCACAAACAUGCGAACUCUAAAGUUCAAAAGCCGCCUUCGCAAUUGCGUUUUUCGCUGCCGUCAAUCAUAAUUAUGCACCAGUCAAUUGAAACCCCCACCCCCCAGGUCCCGGGGAAGGGUGGGGGAAAAUAGGGGCAUCGAAUCACUUUUGAACAACAAGCUGUCCCCUGGGGGUGGUGCAUUUGACUGUUUUCGACCGCGGUUCCCGUCCCCACCUCGGGCAAGAGUGGAACUGGGCACUAGUACUUCACAUGGAACUUCCAAGAUGGCGGAAGGCGAAAGAAAGGUACGUAACAGUGGUUUGAAUCCACGCAUAUCAUGCUUUUACUUUACCAUCCACUGCAAUUGAUAUUCAAUCUGAAUCAAGUAAUUUGUUUUCUAUUGUUUGGAUGUAUUAUUUACAUUUAAUUUCCAUUGAAAUUCAAAUGGUAUGCAUGGGUAAUGAUGCGGAAAGGUCAGGUCAUGAGCUGUUCUCUUCUUUGAUUUCCUACAGGUUUUAUUUCAAUACGAAGAAAGCCGUAAGGUUCUUGACCUUCAUCAAAAUGAAGAUGUUGCUGUAAAAGUUAAAGAGUGUUUUAGCCUGGACAGUGAAGCACGGAUAAUUUUCCAAAAGUAUGAAGAAGACUGGGGGAGUGGGUCGAUGUUACCGUUCAAAACAUUGAACACAAGGAUAAAAUCCAAGUGCAUGUUUUGCAGUCGAAGCCACCUCCAAAUGUUUCACAACCUACAUCCGUCGAUCAGGUAUGUCUGCACUGAUUUAUGUUUAUAAUACUUUAGUUUUUGAAAAAGUUUUUGAACUGAUCUGUUUGCAAACCCUAAUUUUUUUUUUUUUUUUUUGCACAGCCCAAAGAUUCCCUGCACACAACAAGAAAUGAGAAGGGAAGUGUUAAAGGUAAACAAACUUGUCAUUUGUUUGAUUAUUAUUCUUGCCAAAUAAUAGUAGGAUAAAACAAAAAUCUGAAAAAAUGUGGUCUAUAUUUCACAUGUGAUAGCAAAUUGUGCAUCACAUUUACUUUAAGGUGCAGAUACCUUAUAAAUGAAGUACUAUAAUUGACUAAGAAUAUAUAUUACAAUGACCAAAUAUUUUAAUACUUGUCUACUAAAGAAGCUGUUCUUCUGACAGUAUGUCUUGAAUAUUUACUUUAAUUUUAAAUAAGAAAAAUGAAGAACAUUAUUAAAUUUUCCCAUGUAAAUGUAGGUCUUGCACGUUCUUUUCUUAGAACUUUUGAUAGUAUCAGCUUUCUUGCCCCAGGGGUAGUGGCGUUUGAUCUGAACUCCAGCCUCAGGGGGUAGGGAUAUUGAUGCCUUUUGACCAGAGCCUAUGUCAAAUCCCCCACCCUUCCCCGGGACCUGGGGGGUGGGGGUUUCAAUUGACUGGUGCAUUACGACCACAAGCAACGAACCUUGAAACACAGAAAAACACAAAACGGAUCGAAAUCCACCAAUCACAAAUCACAAAACUUGACCUUUUGAACCCAUUAAAGUAAAGUCUUGCUUCCUAAGAGGUCCGUUAAGAUGAUUGACGGCAGCGAAAAACGCAAUCGUCAGUUGGCUUUUGAACUUCAGAAACAUAUCCAAAAUUCGCAGCAAUUUUCCUAUCGAACGCGGGUUCGUGACUUAAAAUUCCCGCCAUGAUGUUCCUGUUUGUUUCCCGGGACUGAUGAUGGGAUUUGGAAGG